AUGAGGAUCCAAGGACCAGUGGAAACAGUUCCUCCUACGUCCAGUCUGCGAUGGAAGAAGCGCACAGUGAGGAGGGCACGGCAGACCAUCCGCUACCUCUCGGACUGUGAGCGGCACAAGAAGAUGGCUACCUUCAUCCCCUCUGCAGCUGUCUAUCUUCCUCCACCAACCUUCAGGCCCCUUCCACUUGCUCAAUGGUUUGAGACGGUCCACUCCAAUGACAUUCUCAGCCAUCUGGAUGAGAUGAAGGUAGUGAUCACUUCUACCUAUGGUAGAAUUCUGAAAAUGGAUUCAACAAAGAAGAUCACCAAGAAGCUGGCUGGCGGGAUCGGGGACAGUGCUGCAUGGAUGUCCAAUAUCGGAAACGAGUUAGGCCAGGUCCUGAACUCUGUUCUGACGUCGGGUGAAGGUGCAGGGUUGGAAGAGUUGUGCCAAGGCGUCGUCACUCGGUACAAGAAUGCAGGCCAAGCUGAACCUGAGGCCAUCUAUGUCGACCGAGACUGCUGCAGCCAGUCAGGCGUGUCUUCAGUGGCUAAGCUGUUUCACCCAUGGCAAACUGCAGUGCGCUUGGACAGCUUCCACUUCAUGAGGCGCUUUAACUGCGGCCUCACAACAGAACACCACCCUCUGUAUGGUAUUUUCUGUGCCAAGCUUUCCUCCUGCAUUUUUGCAUGGGACCAGGAGGAUGUGCAACGCCUGAAGGAGGCCAAGAGAGAAGAGUGGAAGAGCAGCCACAGCGGGCAUACUCCCACUGAGGAGCAGCUCAUGGCCACCAUCAGUCCAGGCGAACUGAAGAGGCACUGCAGGAGGAGGACCCGUGGAGUGGAGGAGAUGCGGGGCAUGAUCUCAGGGCUGCUGGAAUCAGUGUGGGAGCUGACGGACACCACAGGGCUGCGUCUGCUGAGCCAUGACAGCAUGCGCCAUGUCUGGGAAGUGCAGCAGAAGCACCUGGAGUGCCUCCAAGACCCUGCAGGUGUGGCACUCUACACGAAGGUGGGGACACUCCAGAAGGGCGGCAAAGAGCUGGACGUCCUAAGGUGUGGUAGGGGGUCCUCCUCCCUGGAGAGUUUUCACAGACACCAGUGCGCUUUUAUUCCAGGCUGGCGGUGCAAUGCUGUUCAUACACAGAUGUACAUGCUGGAGGGAGUAUCGAGGUGGAACAUGGGCCGGGCCAAGGAGGCAGUAGAUGUGGAGGGGGCCUCAACGCUCAGAAGCUUCGAUGUCCGCUUGAUGUCCCACCUCAGCAACUUAAGCCAGCGCGUUCUUGGUUCCACUCCACCCGGGAAACCUACUAGCGAGCGCAUAGCAGUGGAGUAUUUAUUGGCCCAGACCAACAGAGGUGACCUGCUGGCUCCAAAUCAGGUCCCUGAGGUCCCCUCGCAGGUACUUGAGGAGGAGGAUGAGCCGGAUGACACCAUCAGCAUCACUGACAUUCUGUGCCAGUCAGCUGCGAUAGGGGCUGGUGAUCCUCCAGGAGAGAAUAAGAUCAAGAGUAUGUCCGAGUACAUGAGUAGCCUUGUCUAUAUGCUGGAGAAGACUGAAGGAAUCCAGGACGUGGCAGAAUUCGCUGACCAUGGGUCUGCCUGGACAACAGACAUGGAUAUUGAAAUCACCCAAUAUCAGCAGACGGUCAUGUAA